GCCGCGUUUAGGGGGCUUCACGUGACCGCGGUGCGAGCUUUUCGUUCUUUAUUUUCGCUUUGAAGCCCGCGUGUUUAUUUUUCAAUUUGACAUUUAGUUUGACGUCCUUUAUUUUAUUUUUACGCCUCGCGUUUGUGUCCGAGCGAUCGAUUAAUGUUCUCGGUUCGAACGAAGCGAAAACAAGCCAGGCGGGAGCGCGUGUCGCGACUGUCGGCCAGACUAGCACGGGCCUGAGCUGUGUUUUUAUUGAAGGACAUCGUGGCGACCUCACUGAUUGACUGACGGUGACGUCGUCGGCUGAAUCUCAUCUCCCACCACCACCACCACCCCCGUGCGUGGCUUUCACUCCCGGUUGCCAACGACCAGCAACACACAGCACUCAUUCAAAGUUGUAAUAACGCUGUCGUUUUACCGUCAUUGCUGUUGAUUCUACGAUGAUAACGUGACGGCGAGUCGGGGGAGGGAAAGACAUUCGUACUGAGCAGGGCAGUGUGGGGUAGUGGGAAUUGAACCUCGUGUCUCCGAGCUAAGCGAUUAGUUCACAAACGCCGUGACAGGCGACUGUGUCGUGAACAGCACGCACAGCCACCGAACAGCAGCCAGCCAGCCAGCCAUCUGUCCUCUCAGCAUCUUGCACGUCCUUGUGUAUGCAUAACAUUUUUUUUAAAAUAUAAAGUGACUCGGAUGUACCGGGCCUAAUACAGAAUUACCAAAGUCUUUUACGAUAUAUCUAUUGUGCGUACUUAACACGUGUUCGAAAGUCGUCUUCACACGGCCAUGAACCGCCGCUGCCUGAUGAUCUCCAGAAGUAGCAGACUCCUGUCUUGACUAUGAAAUGAGAUCCCUCAUUAUAAAGCCAUGGAUUUCCCGACAGCGCCUGCAUUAGCCACAGAGAGCAGUGGUGCAUUGUCAGCAGUGAUGGGAGCUCAUAGCCACCGUGAUUAGAGACAGGGGGCAUGCGUUUGUUGGUUUUGUUUUUGUGAGUUAAUCUGCCCAGGGCAGUUUCCUGGAUCUAGUCAUAACUAAGGGGCAGGAGUCGUUGAGGUGAUUUCAUCCCCCCCCCCCCUGCCUUUUUCGACAGCGUCAUUAAGGCGUCACAAUUCAUUUUAGUUGUUUUAGAACGCUGACUCUGACCUGCACAUUUUUUAAAAAGAAAAUACGAACGCUGAAUCCGUCAGAGGCAUUUGACUGCAGUCUAAAUGUUUUCAUGCAACAAAGAAGCCAUUGAUGUUUACUUCGGAUGAGUAGGUUUUACAAAGGACAGCCCCCGUUGCGUUUUAAAUCAGGAAUCUCAGAACCGAGCGGCGGGGAAAUUUAGUUUGCUACAAACAACUCGACCGAGUUGGUCCCUCUGAGACGUAAUUCAGGAGGUGAGGUUGAAGAAUAAACGGAAGCCAUAAAAUCGAUACAUUUUCAAAUCAAAACCAAACUGAAAUAAAACGAAACCACCAUCUCAUCAAUCAGAUCUCAGCCAGGCUGAGCUCCGGUCGUCUUCCGACACGAUCCACCACUGCAACCGCAACCACCACCGUCGUUGCCAUUGCGUCUGCCCCAUCAUCGCCUUCGCCGCCGCGACGAUGUCGUGUGGCGGCUGCUUCCUGGUGCUGUGGUCGCUGUGCGGCGCCGCGGCGCUCUGCUUGCUGGUCGCCGCCGCCCUCAUGCCGUCGUGGCGCGACCUCAUACUCGUGGACCCGACUAAGCGCUCCAUCGUAGUGCGCCACGGCCUCUGGGUUCGCUGCGCCGGGUACGAGGGCGACGUCCCCGGUGGGGUGGUGUCGUGGGCGGCCACGUGGUUUGGCCCCGACAGCGGAAAGGAGGGCGAGGAUGGCGGAGGGAGCCGGGGCUGCGUGGUCCGCGACUCCGCGUGGCCGAUAGCCACCGACUCGCUGGACCUGCGCCUGCUGCAGCUGGGCGUGCCGACCGCCUGCCUCGUGGCGCUCGUGGCGCUCGCGCUCAACGUGAGCGGCGCCGUGGCGCUCUGCCGGAGCGGGAGGCGGAGCGGCCGUCUCUAUGGUGAGGACGAAGACUCCACUUCUUUGUCGUCGACGUCCUCUUCCUCCUCGUCAGAAUUCAGCUCCAAGAGGAAGAGGAAGAAGAAGAAGGCGCAACAGUGCUGCCAGUUCAACCCGUGCGGCUGCCAGGUGGUGGCGUCGGUGCUGUACCUGCUGGCGAGCGCUCUGGUGCUGCCGCCUGCGCUGUGGGCGCUGCUGUCGGUCGACGAGCUGAACCGGGCGCACGUCUCGGGGGACGCGCGCUGGCGCCCCGGCGAGGCCGUGCCCGUGUGCCUGGCGGCCUGCGCGGGGCUGCUGGCGGCCGCGGGGGGCCUCGCCAUGUGGUACUGCACCUGCCGCCCGCUCCCGCCGGCGCCGCUACCGCCGGCGCCGCUCGCGCUGGGCUCGCUGCUGGGUAUGGAGGCGCUGGGGCUGAGUGGCCGCGCCGGUCCGGCCGAGGCUUGCGGGCGCAGCACGCGGCAGAGCCAUCGCACGACCGGCAGCUUCCCCGCCGGGCCGACGUCGGUGUCUUCGCGACCCAUGUCCCGCGCCACCCUGGAGCUCGAUAUCCCCAUGUACGAGUUGCACUAGCCUGACUAGACAGAGAGAGAGCAGAGGGGUCCCGGACGAACAGCUGAGCAUGGGUUCGCACCAUAGUUUGGAGACGUCCGUGCGUUACGACCGCGGCUGGGUCUGGGUCGUCACUGGAGCCGACGGACGGCUCCGCAGGCGAAAGUGUUCCCACGUACGAGUUACGCCAGCUCAGGGCUCCCCAACUGCCUUGAUGUGAAGAGACAGAUUAGUAAGACAACUAGAUCGGAUAGAAAAGAGAGGUGAGAGAGCUGCAGACUGAGAGGUGCACGUUUGUUGUUGCCACGUGUACAGGCGUUAUAAUUUCACAAUGCCAUCCAACAAUAACAAGACACUAACAAUCGGUAAUUUCAUUACGUGUUAAAUAUAGAUGAAUAUCUGCUGUAGAGAGUGCGGAAUGGGCGGGGGAUUCGGAUGUGG